GUCACUAAUCCCCCUCAUGUGACUGCUGUCUCUGGUACAGUGGGCGGAGGCUGACAGUCGGGUGUCUUUGAACGUGGUUCGCCGACUCCAUUCAGUGUGACUGCAGCUGCCUUUGCCUGCUUAUCUCCACUCGACUCCUCGGCAUCACCAGCUGUCAACCAACAACUUUCACCAUGAAGAUCUGGACGUCGGAGCACGUUUUUAAGUAAGUUUACCGAGACAUGUUUGAUUUUUUUCUCCCGUAAUGUGUUUAAGGACGGUCCGCUUGUCGGAGGUUCACUGUCUGGUUCAGGCGGUUAGGUAACGGUGGCUGGCUUCGAGAUGAAUCUGCGAAACAUGGUACUGACUUAAGGACUAAAAAACUGCAGCUGUGUGUUUGUUUCUGAGUUAUUCGCAAGAUUACAAGUAAUGCAAGCUCCGUUACAAAACCAGACUUCGAAUCGUGUAAUAUUAGCAGUUGUUUCGUGAACAUCACACUUUAACGAAAGUUUGUAAUAUGUUAAUGUAUUUAGUUUAAAAUUAACAUUUAAUCGAAUUAAACGUGACCGUUAGACCUUAAAUAUCUCAUCGCAGGAAGAAAAAAAAGAGCUGCCAUAUUGCAUAAGACGCCGGUCAGGUCCAGCCCCCUUGCGCGCGACCUUUCCCCUACAUUUUGCCGCCGCGUAUGCUUACGUCACAGUACAAAGAUGGCGCAUGAACGCGUCUCCUUGACAACCACAAGUAACUCCGGCUUUCACUCGUAUUUUAGCUUAAAAAAUACAAUAGAAAUUGAUAAAACACAGUGAAAUAAAGACGAUAAUCUUUAACACUAGAACACUAUCGCUAAAAUUCGUAACACCAUCACUAUUCCGAAAUAAUAUACCCAAGAAAAAGUCAAAAUAUAUCAAAAUAGGACAACACAUAACAAAUUAAAGUAGUUUUCUUUUAUUUUUAACUGCACAAUGUCCGAAGGAAGGGGAAAAGGUGCCAUGAGGGGACCAUAUAAAAAUGCAACAAAAUAACUGAUGUGAGGCAUUCAUGAUCACAAAAUUCCUAAAAUAAAAUUUCAUAUAAACUGGAGACUUAGUUUCUUUUCCACCUAUUCCUGGGGCAUGUGAGUCUUCCCUGGUAAGGACUGCAGGAGAGAGAACCAAAAUAUGGCAGAUUUUGAGUGAGUAAAAAUGACUAGCUGACUAAAAUAUUUCUUAUCACCACAUGAACUCCCUAGAAAAUCACUCCUUUGUGAUAGUCAGCAUGCAAAUUCCAGGACCACUCUUACUUACCUUAUUCCCUACAUACAGCUAUCAAAUCCACCCAAACCUACUUCACCCUUUAUCCCAGGGACCCAUGAUACUCAGACAAACGCUACAUAAUGAAAAUCUCGUUAACAUAUCUGAUCAGGUGAAAAUCACCGGUGAUAGUGUUUCUAGGGUUAACAAAAUAUACUGUAAAGUUUUAUAAAACUGCAUGAAAUAAAGACGAUAAUCUUUUAACUCUCAGUGCUUAGAAAAAUAUGUAGACAUUUGUGAAAGCAAUCCUCAUUUAGUUUCACCACAUUAUAAACUGUGGCACACUACAGUGAUUAGGUUUUGGUCAUUUAACAACCAGUCAAGUUUAUACAGUUAAAAGAAUAUCCUUGCUUUGAGAGUAAGUACACAGUUUUCAGUCUUUCAGGUAGUCAAGCAGUGAAUGAAUAAUUUUAUUUUUGCCCUUCUUCCUGCAGCCAUCCAUGGGAGACAGUGACCAAAGCUGCGAUGCAGAAAUACCCCAACCCCAUGAACCCUAGUGUGAUCGGAGUAGACGUUUUGGACAGAGGCAUCGACACACAGGGACGCCUUCAUAGUAAAAGACUGCUCAGCACAGAAUGGGGUCUUCCAUCUAUAGUCAAAUCUGUAAGUUUUAACCUAUAGCAGUAGCACUGAUUUGCAAUCUGCAGCAUGUCGGGGAAUACUUAGCUGUCGCUGCCUUAAAGUGAAACAUGCUGAAAAUGCGCACAUGUGACUCUAGAUGGAGAAACCCGUGACCGGCAGUAGCCAGUUUGUGCUCGUGGUCUGGGUGCUCUCCUUUAACACUAUUGAAUGAGUGCAAUGCGACACUUAUUACAGAAAGUAUCAGAACAAAGUGAACUCAACUUCUUAUAUUUCAUGACUUAAAAUAAUUUAAAAUGUCAGACCUGAUGCUGUGAGUCCAGAUAUAGUCUGAGUCAGUCAUGUGCCGGACAAAGGGUUAAUGCUUUCCAUCCCGUGUACCAUAACCCUGCAAGGCUAUUUCUGUCCAGGGGAAGAGCAGCAGACCUGCUUGCUGACUGGAAACCAGGCCAGUUUAUGGCUCUGUUCCACGGCUCGUGUUGUACGGGACACUCUAGUGCCAUUUCAGUCAUAGCAGGGAUGUAACCCCUGACUGCAAGUGAUGUAACUUUCCAUAGCUGUCGGCUCGGGUUUGAACUAGAGGUCAACAGCACCGUGCAGAACAAUGACUUGCUUUGCUUCUGACUGUGCGCAGCGUGUUGUGAACUAUUCCCUUUCUCUUUUUCUUUCUGAGCUUGUUAAUGAGAAGGCUGGGUAAAGAUAAUUUCCAGCUUUUAAGCCAUGUUUUAAACCGUGUGAAAACUAGCCAAUCAGCAGCUCCUCUUUACCACUGACCUCAGCUUGGAUGUUUAAAGAUGAGGUUGGACUCAGUGGCAGAGCCUAUGAAUAGCCCCUUUAAUUCCAAGGGCAGCCUAUGGCACAGGAUGACCCCGUGAAUGAUACCACAUUAACUCAACUGUUAAUCAGAUUGUCUCUAAUCAAGUCAAUCCUGUGUCUGAAUUGAGUAUUAACUGAAUAUAUCAUGACACCGUCCUCAUAUCGGUUUAUCUUGUAAUACUUUGGGGGCGAAACCUUUUUAUUUAAACAGACAACGACUGAAACAAAGACUUUAAAAAGUUCAUAAAAUGAUUUGUAGGUGAAACUGAGCCUCUUUUUUUCCCUCUAAAGACCUCCCUUAAGAAGCUUAAUCUGACCUCCUCAGACUCAAGAUCUAAAUUGGCAAAUAUUAUUUUAGUGUUUGUGGAUAAAUUAUAGAAAUAAGUAGAUUUGUUGUAGCAACAGCUGGCACUGAUGCAUUUCCCCUUAAAAUCCUGACUGAGACAAUUUCUUUUGAUCAAGGAGAUGAAGUCAGAACCAACAGCUGAUUUACGUGUUGUGCUUGAGGGUGUGAAGCUUUGUGCUUUUAAUUACUUUUGGGGACAGAAGAAAUAUUUUGAUUUAAACAGUUAAAUUCAGUUUGUAAUAAUGUGAUUUUCUUUGUCUUCCUUUAGAUCAUUGGUAACUCACGGACGUACACAUACGUUCAGGAGCAUUCGGUUGUUGACCCCCAAGAGAAAACUUUUGAACUCCAGUCCACAAAUGUGAGUACUUAAGACAUAACACGCAACAUUAUACCGACUUUUUUCCUCAUUACACAUCUUAUGAAACUGUUUACAAAACGAAUCAAAUUGUGUGUCAACCCAAAACAGACAUUACAUAUCUAGAUCACGUUGUCCUGUCUUCUGUUUCUCUGAGCACACUCAGAACAAUGUGUUAAACUGUCUCAGGAAUGAGGUUUUGCUCGUUCGCCGGGUCCAUAGAUUAUAGCUCAACAAUGAAAACUCAUAAUGUGUUCUCAUGCUCCCGCUGACUUCAUCUUUAACCCUCACUCAAUCAUGUCUUAUGUCUUCUGUAGAUCACCUUCACAAACAUGGUGUCUGUGGAUGAGAAGUUAACAUACAAACCACACCCUGAGGAUCAAGACAAGUGAGUCUUUGUUGAGAGGAGUUUUAGAUCACUUAUGUCUGUAAUUUCUUUGGUAGAUUUGAGACUGAUUGUUUCUCAUCUUUUUAGGACGAUACUGACUCAGGAAGCUAUCAUCUCUGUGAAAGGAGUCAGUCUCAGCAGUUACCUGGAGGGAGUUAUGGCCAGUACCAUCUCUGCUAAUGCAGGAAAGGUAAGAAUUAUUAUUAUUUUGGUCCUGUGAUAUUUGAUCAUCUGUAUCCUAACUGUCUUUAGAUAUACUGUUACUGAUGGUAACCUAAGGUGUGAGAGUAUGGGCUCAGUAGGAUUUGUUGUGCUCUAGUUUGCACACAUUAAAACCUGCGAGAGGAAGCUGUGGCAGCUUGAGAAGGCUUAACCACACUGGUUCUCAAGGCCAUACACCUGCACCACUACUGCAUGAAGUGGGUGUCCUAAUUAGUUUUAAUCUUGAACGUCUUCCUGACUUGGCUGUCACACAUCUAACAUCGAAAAGCUGAUAGGGGGACGACAGGCUACACACGAAGUUUAAAGUAUACUGACCUGCUACUCGUUAAAGUCUCAUACUUCUUUUUUGUUUACCAGGGCCGUGAAGCCAUGGAGUGGGUCAUUAGGCGACUGAAUGAAGAAAUCGAGGAGCUGGCAGCCACAGCGCGCACCACCAUACGCACUCCCAUGGCUGCUGCUGUCACCGAGAAAUGACACCCGCCCCUCUUUUACAGCAGAGCCUGAGAGAAGCUACAUGCCAGUACAACCAGCGUCCCUUUGUGAUGCUGCUUUGGUGCUCUGAAGAUUUUGUAUUAUUGAGGGUAAACUUCAUUCAUCUCAUACUAUCUACAUUAGAUAUCUUUUUAACAGCACGAAACACGAAAUGAUUCUGGGGGGUGUUUUCAGUGGAUGCUGCUUAACAGGACUGCGGUGAGGAAAUGUCAGUGGCCAGCUCAGGGACAAGUUUAAACACCACUGUUAACUGUGUUUGGUAAUAUGUAGCAUUGCCAAAAAGGCAGGAGGGGCACUGAGUGAACUGAAAAAAAAAAAAAAAAAACGUGCCAAAGCAGACGCACCCCUUUUUGCCUCGCCUCUCAAGCACUUUUGCCAGCUGUGUUCUCAUCCGAGCACAUGUGAGUCUCCUCUGGCAUGAAAUCUGUGCUGGCAGCGGCAGAGUUUUAAGAAGAACAGUUAUGGUGAGAGGAACACUCCUGCUGCUGCAGCAACAACAACAACAAUGCCUUGUUGAGGCAGGGGUCAGGUGUGUAAAGGGUACAUGGAAUCGGUUUCAGGUGACAAAGAGUACAAGCUUGGGUUAGCACAGCCAGCGACACUGACAUGUUAAUGAAAUACUUCUCUGUAACUGCAGAGAGCUGUCUCCUCAACAGUGUUUUUCUGUGGGACCUCAGUAAAUAACAAGACACUCUGUACCAGGCAAAGUGUGUGCGCCUGAAUGUAUACUGUAUUUUGUUAUAAUGUGUUAACUAAUAUUGCUAUUGAGGUAUUUAAGUGAAAUGAAGGGAUCAAGGUACUUGCCAUGUUUAUGCUUUGAAGUAGAUCCUCUCAAAUGCUGUUGAAAUCCAUUCGAAGUGUAGACACUCAAUCAGUAAGAACUUUCGGCUACAUACUAGACCUGAACAUGUUUGCUGAACUCAAACAGUUGUAUCAAAUUAUACAAGAUUAUAGUUCCUCAGUUACGACAAAGACCUCUCAGCUUCUCUGUGGAAAAGCUGAAACAUUUUAUUUGCACUUUCGGGUUUUUAAAUCGAUAAAGAAAGCUACUUAACUUGCUGAGGAUGACAAUAAUCUGAAUAUUUUGGUAAAGCUGUUUGGGACUUAAAUCGUUGUUACAGUUAGCAUUUGAGAAGAUCUCUCUUCAUGUAACAGACAGUAGUGUGGUGAUGGUGAAAGUUUCUGUAAUUUAUUUUUUUUACAUGUAACAGGAAUAUUUAUUCAGAGAAACUUUUUGGUUUUGAGUAGUUAGCUCUAACUUUGUCUGACCAACCCGGUAAUGUGGCAACAACUGCUUAGGUAAUAAAUGUGUUUUUGUGAAUUUUGUGCCUAUGUUAAAAAUGUCUCACUAACUGCAGAAUGUGAAAAUAAAGUUAUGUAUUUUAAACUAC